UUAACACUAUUCUUAAUGCAUGUAGAAACCUUACGAAAAUAUCCACCAGCGCCGUUUCUUCUGAGACAAUCGACGUCAAGUUAUACUUUCGACGGUGUGAACGUUAGUAUACCGGAGGACCAAAAGGUAUGGAUUCCUACAUACGCGAUUCAGCGAGAUCCGAGUAUUUAUCCGAAACCAGAUGUCUUCGAUCCAGAAAGAUUUAAUGAGGAAGCUGUACAGAGCAGGCACCCGAUGGCUUAUAUACCUUUCGGCGACGGACCAAGGAAUUGCAUCGGUUCUCGUUUCGCUAUUUAUCAGAUUAAAAUUGGGCUUAUAAAAAUCCUACGAAACUACAAAGUCGAGACCUGCGAGAAAACUCCAAUACCCUACAUAAGCGAACCUAAAGCUUUUUUUGUAUUAACUCCAAAAAACGGAAUACAUUUGAAAAUAAUCAAAAUUAAUAGAAAUUAAUUUAAACUUUU